CCGCGAAGCGAAUCUACGAGCGUGGUGAAUCAGAGUUCCCCGGCGACGAACGGAAAUCCUUAGUCCCGGACGGGCGGCUUCCGCUCGGCGAAUGUCGGCAAACACGCUGCCAUGUAGCGCCGGUUGUGUGUGCUGUAAAUGAAGCGGCGCCGUAUACCGCGCUCGCGUGCCGCGGGGAGGGUAUCGUCCGCCGCAAUCGCGACGGCAGCGGCGGCGGGGGCGAUGGGAAUGGCGCGCAAAUGCUGCGUGCGUAGCUGCGAGGCGGACGUGCGGGAGGCGCGCGCCAAAGGACUACCGCUACACAAAUUUCCCAAGGACGUCGCGUUGAGGGACAGGUGGUUGGCAAGCGGCGGAUUCGACGAGAGUUUCAAGCCGACGCCGGGCCAGGUCGUCUGCCAUAGGCAUUUCAAACGCGCCGACUACGACCACGCCGCACGGGGCGGUCACAAGUUCCUGCUCAAGAGGGGCAGCGUGCCCACGGUUUUCGCCGACUAUGACAAUCAUCCCGAUCCAGUGAUUAUGUCAGUAAAAUCUUCUACAUCUUAUGCGCAAGAAGACUUGGAUCUGAUCAACUCAGAAAUACUUAAUUUGGAACAUUCUGCCUCACCAUUAUUAUCAGAAGCGAGAACACCUAAAUCGGAUAGUUGUGGUGAGACGUGUUACUCCAGACCUGAAUCGUCCACGGACUCUUUAAAUCUCCCUGAUGGUUCAGAAGUAAUGGAAAACGAUUGCAAAAUGGCAAAUCUAAAGGAAGAAAUUGUGACAUUAGUGAAAGACAAGUUGAUUGAAAAUUCGGACAGUAAAGUAAAUACGGUAGCAAUGCAGCUUGGUAUUGUUGAGGCAGAAGCAACAAUGAAGGCUGAUGGUAAAGAUCUGAUAAUAAAGGAAGAAUUGAAACACAUGAAGUUACCCGAUGACAAGGAGUUUGGCAAAUCAGAAGAAUUAAAACCAAAGAUUUUAAAUCGUGAUGGCGCAAAGUUUUAUCCUGGUGCUAAACUGGAAGCAAAAGACUUUAAUGAAAAGUGGUAUUCUGCGAAAGUGGUAGAAACAGAUUGGGAUGAAAGAGAAGUUUUGAUACAUUUUGACAAAUGGAGUUCGAGAUUUGACGAAUGGAUACCAAUGGAUAGUUCCAGACUUCGUGUAUUGCAAACCCCACCACACGAACAAGCUUGGAUCCCGCUGUCUCCGGAGGCAAAGAUGCGAGACUUUUCAGUGGGCGAAAGGGUACUCGCUACGUGGGCGGACGGUAGAAAAUAUCCUGCCAAAAUUAAUGCGAUCUUGACAAACGACAGGUACGAUGUAUUAUUUGAUGAUGGAUAUGCAAAAAUCGUCAAGUCGUCGAAAAUGACCAAGAUCGCCGAAAGUCCAACCAAGCAAUUAAGUGAAUUGGAAGGGUACAUAGGCAGCAAACAAGAAAGAAGGGAUAAGAAACGGAAGCAUACAGUUAUGGAGUUGUUUAACACUCACUCGAGAAAACGUACGAAAAAUGAUGCUGAUAAAACAUCAAAGAAGGAAGAGACUGUUGUCAAAGAAAGUGGGGAAAACUCUACAGAAAAUAAGAUCGAAUUAGAUGGUACCUUAUUUGGCGCCUGUUAUGAUCCGGGUACAGAUUUAUUAAGAGGCUUUGAAACUAAUCCCUCAAAAAUUAAAUCAUAUUCGAAGAAAAGUAAGAAGGAAAUGCCUAAAAAUGAUACGGAUCACGAAGAAGAUGUUGGUCCUGAAUGGAUCGAUGGAGAACCACAAGGAACAGAAUCUUAUAUUGUAGAUGGCAAUGAUGGACCACGUCGCUCUAUAAUAGUAUCAGAUAGAAGAUUACCUCCUGGUUGGGAAAAACACUUUACACAAAGAAAAGCUGGUACAUCUGCUGGAAAGUGGGAUGUUUUAUUCAUACAUAAGCAGACUGGAAAGAAGUUCAGAUCCAGAAAUGAUAUCAGAGUAUUCCUGGAGAAUCAGGGGCAAUAUGAUUUUAAUCCUGAAAACUUUGACUUCUGCAUACAUCGUAGAAAACGAAAUCAUGCACCACGUUUGAAACAAGAAGCUACACCAGAAAAAAAGAUAAAAACUUUAUUGCCCAAAACAAAAACAUUGCCCACAUCUGAGAAUACAUUACUGCAAACGCCAAAUACUAUCAGUACACCACCUAACAUCUCAACGCCUGUUACAUCUACGGAUGGUGAGAUGAUUUAUUCCGUUUUCAUUGGACUUCGUGGUGGACUUCGUGUAGAAAUGGAGGACAGCGCCUAUAAAUGUCCUAAAGAAGGAUGCAAUAAAAAUUUUCGAAAAGAAAAUUUGCUGCAAAUGCACAUCAAGCAUUAUCAUCCUGAAUAUUCCAAGUUUCUGGGUUCUACUCCAAAGGUUGAAGAUUUGGCUUAUGCAAGGACAAUCGGGGAAUCUAUAGACGAUAUUAUUCCAAAGAAAUCGACGACAUUCUUAGACAAAAUAAACAAAUUUGCUAAGAAGAAAUCUCUUCCGGAAAAAUCAUCUACAUUAUUACAAUCAACAUUGAACACUAUGCAACCGGCGUCUCCUUCAAUACCUGGCUCAGUUAUGCCGGAAUUAGAAGAAGAAAUUGAUCAAACGGAGAAAUGCAAUGAUUUGCAGAAGAAAGAUAUGAAAAUUGAAACAAUGUCUUCAGUAUCUAAUCACAGUAUGGAGAUAGAUGAUGAUAUCGAGAAGAAAAGAGAAAAUAGUUGUGCAUUGUCUCCUGGUACAUUAUUUGACAUGAAGGUAAAAGAAGAGAAAGCGCAAGGUGGAAUUAAAACACUAUUACCUGUAAGGCCACCCACAACAUCAGAGAUGCAAAAAGUCGAUAGAGCAAAACCUUUGGAUGAAAUGACGCACGUUGAACGUACGAAGGGCCAAAAGAAGAGACAAAUUUCCGAACAUAGUGUAGAUUCACUGAUUAAAGGAAAGAAACGACAUGGUACAUCAGACCUUACUGAUAGUUUCGGUGAUCUAGAUGAUAGUGCUAUGGAUGCGGAAGGACCUGCAGCACUUAUGUACAGAUAUAGCCGUAGAAAAUCCGAUUCAAAGAGUGAUGAGAACAGUCAAAACAGUCAACUAAAUGAUUCUCGCAUUGAAAAAGGCGAUCCCUUAAAAGGGGAUAUAAUCAAAACAGAUAUUAAUAAUGAUACAGAAGAGAGCGAAGGAGUGAUGAUGAUGAUCAAUGGAGAAAUGGUAAAGGUGGAACAACUUCGGAGAGAAGAGAUAAUAAAUUGUACAUGUGGUUAUAUGGAAGAAGAUGGUCUAAUGAUACAGUGCGAUCUUUGUCUCUGCUGGCAACACGGUCAUUGCAAUGCGAUUGAAAGGGAGAAGGAUGUUCCUGAAAAAUACAUAUGUUAUAUAUGCCAACAUCCGUAUCGGCAACGGCCAUCUAAGAAAUACUUUCACGAUCAGGAUUGGAUUAAAGAAGGAAAAUUGCCAAGUUUGCCUAAUCGAACCCGGAAUCAGCACAUGAUAAAUCAGAGGACUGCGAUGUUAAAGCGUUCUUAUGACUUGGUUGCUGCACUUUUGCAAAUACAACAACUUCUUCAUAGCUUGCGUGUAAAAAUUAAUGUGGCUCAAAAAAAAGAUCAUCCCAAAUUAUACCUUUGGGCCAAGAAUUGGGAAAAAAUGGAAAUACCAAAAAUAGAUAUAGAACCAGUACCAAUAAUGGAAAUAGUGAAAGCAGGACCGAGUUUUACCGAUGUGAGUUCAGAAAUUUCACGACGUGUUGAAGUAAAACCGGAUGUCAAAUUGUGUAUAAAGGACGAUCAAGAUGAAAAAUCAAUCGCUUCGGAUUCGGAAUUAAUGAAAAUUUUGGAAGAGGAUAGCACGCAUUCUGAUGAAUCUAGGAUUAUUAAUAAAAGGGAAGGUUUCAUGAACUCAAAGGAUAGUCACAUACUUUUGGACGCAUUAACGAGCGGUAACUCAGACAUAAAGGAAAGAAACGUUGCUAUGUCAGACAUUAAAACAGAGAACACAGAUUUUCUAGCUGAUAAAACUAUGAAUGAUAAUUCUACAUCUGAGAGCCUUUCUCUCAACUCGGGACCGCUUAUUGAUAAUGUUCAACAAGAAUCGAGUAUAGCCGACGUUGAAAACGAAGUUUCUGCACUCCCGCAACCUUUUAUACCAGAGCCCGAAGCGCCGAUUGAUCCAACCGAGUGCCGAAUGAGAUUGUUGGAGCAUAUUGAACAUUUUCAAUGCCAUCUUGAUUCGAGAUUAACAUCUAUAGAAGCACAAAUUUGUGCUCUAGAGGCAAUGGAUCCAGAUGAACUUGCAUUGGAUCCACAUGUUCAGCCUCGUACUAAGCAAACUGUACAGAUGCUCCUUCGUGAUUUGAGUACAGUCCGGAAGCUGGCAGCAUUAUGUUGAAGACUUGGUCAAAUCUCUGUGGAAGCUUACAACAUAUAUAUAUAUAUAUAUAUAUAUAUAUAUAUAUA